AUGUUCUAUCGUCAACCAGUGCAGUUUCCUGAUUGGACUCAAUGCUUUGCAGAUUCCUCACUUCCUAUUCACCUGGAUAUUGGCUGUGCUCGAGGAAGAUAUUUGAUGGACGUGGCAAGAUCUCGGGCAUCGAAGUGGAACUUUGUAGGUGUCGAGAUUCGUCGCAAUGUGCUGCAAGAGGCGGAGCAAGAGGCUGUGCAACGAGGGCUUCGCAAUUUGGCAUUCGUACAUGCCAAUAUGAAUGUACACCUAGCGGUGAUGCUACGAUCAUUACCAGGCCCUGUGAAAAGUGUCUCUAUCUUUCAUCCUGACCCAUGGAUGAAGAAGCGACAUAUCAAGCGGCGGCUAGUGAAUGAGGAAUUUGUGGUAGGUAUGGCCAAUCUUUUGCCAAAUGGUACUCCCAUUUACGUUCAGACAGAUGUGAAGGAAUUGUUUGCGUACAUGAUAGAGACGUAUGAAAUGUCAGGGCUUUAUACCUUCGAUGCGUUGCUUGAAAACCCGUUAGGGAUUCCAACUGAUAGGGAAAGUUAUGUCAACACUAAAGGAGGAGAAAUUCAUCGCGUGGUGUUCAAUGUAAAUAGGAACAAUACGACGAACAACACUUGA